AUGUCUAGGGUUGGCCCGGUCGAUCUGGGGAAUCCGGAUCAUGUUGCUCUUCUGGAGUGGUUCCGAGCGAAAACGACUAGGGAGCCUUUGCAUUGGCUUCCUAACUUCCAUUAUAUCACUCAGGAGGCUCUCCUCGCUGCUGCCGGUCUCAGUCGGAUCUAUGAUAGGGCGUACGGCGAGGCUGCUAUUGACCCUCAGAAAUUGGGGUACUCCUUGGAAGGUGAGGUUCUUGAGAGUUGCCCUCCCUACGAUUUCAAGGCAUCUAACCCUCGGCAGCCGAGGCUAGAUAGCUACAAGUUCUCGGAUCACGCCUUGGCCCAUCUUGAAGACGUCCGAGCCGACCCUUGGUCUUCCGACCGCCCUGGAGAAGCCGUUCCGAGACAGACUGUUCUGCCUGAGCUAGUAACUACUUCUGAUCCGGGUCCCGAGGUGACAGUUACUGCUCCAGUUGUUUCGUCUGCCUCAUCUCCUCCUUCUUUUACCCUUCCCGAGGAGUCGCGGAGGUUAAAGAAGCGAAAAUCUUCGGAGGAAGAAACUUCUCAGGAAGGGAAGUCUGCUUUGAGGGAGGGGUCCCCAAAGAAGAAGAAGAAGAAGAAGUCUUCCAAGGUAACUCCCUGCCCCGAGGUUCUUGAGUUUUUGAGCCAACGGCCUUUUUUGACUAGGGAAAAGGUUCAACAGGUUGUUGCCUCGGACCCAAGCCUCGCUGAAGCAGGAGAGCGGUACCUUGCUCGGCAAGAGAAGGAGAUGGUUCUCCCCGAGAAUCUGCGUCGCUUCAUUCCCCUCCCUGGCCAAUGGUUGAAGAGCGUCGUUGUGCUGGUGACUAAUGAUCCUGUGGAUCAGCCUUUGGCCAAGGAGACUGAUGUUCCUUCGCCGCUGAAGCCCUUGACUCCAACGGAAGUGUUCGUUGAGGAAAUUACCCACGAGUUGGAGCAAGGCGAGGUGGACAUCCCUAUGGUUCCCACUGAGGGUACUGCUUCUGGGGAAGCUGCUGCUGCUGAGAUGGGAGAGGAUCCUCAGACUCCACCUAGGGUAGUGGUGGAGAUUUCUGAUUCUGAGGCUGCUGAGAACCCAACUUCUGUCGCCGAAGGUGCCGAGUAGCCUUCG